UGAAAGCUGCACGAGCAAUGUCCACGACGUCUACUACAGACAGCAGCGUGGCUCCUCCCACUGCGGCCCCUCCGUCUCGCCUGAGCCUGGGCACGGCUGACAUCGCUGUGCUGGUGGCAUACUUUGUGUUUGUCAUGGUAGUGGGCAUCUGGUCAUCCAUACGGGCCAAUCGCAGCACAGUGGGUGGAUACUUCAUGGCCGGCCGCUCCAUGACCUGGUGGCCGAUCGGGGCAUCACUCAUGUCCAGUAAUGUGGGCAGUGGGCUGUUCAUCGGCCUGGCGGGCACUGGGGCCGCAGGGGGCCUGGCUGUGGGCGGCUUCGAGUGGAACGCAGCGUGGGUGCUGGUGGCCCUGGGCUGGGUGUUCAUCCCUGUGUACAUCGCAGCUGGAGUCCUCACCAUGCCUGAGUACCUGUGCCGACGCUUUGGAGGGGCACGCAUACGCAUCUACAUAUCCCUCCUCUCCCUCAUCCUCUACAUCUUCACCAAGAUCUCGACAGACAUCUUCUCGGGCGCACUCUUCAUCCAGGUAUCUCUGGGCUGGGAUCUGUACCUGUCCACAGCUGUGCUACUCCUGGUCACCGCGGCCUACACCAUCGCAGGCGGCCUGGCAGCGGUCAUGUACACUGAUGCCCUGCAGACAGUCAUCAUGGUGGGAGGGGCCUUCUCCCUCAUGUUCAUAGCGUUCUCGCGUGUGGGCUGGUACGAGGGGCUGGAGCAACUGUAUCCUAAGGCAGUGCCCUCAGUCACUGUGCCAAACUCCACAUGUCACCUACCGCGCCAUGAUGCCUUCCACCUGCUGAGGGACCCCCUGACCGGAGACCUGCCCUGGCCCGGCCUCAUCUUCGGCCUCACGGUGCUCGCCACCUGGGUGUGGUGCACGGACCAGGUGAUAGUGCAGAGGUCCCUGUCGGCCAAGUCCCUGUCCCAUGCCAAAGGGGGUAGUGUGCUGGGGGCCUACCUCAAACUGCUGCCCAUGUUCUUCGUCGUGAUGCCCGGGAUGAUCAGCCGUGCCCUGUACCCAGAUGAGGUGGCGUGCGUGGUCCCAGAGCUGUGUCAGAAGGUGUGUGGGACGGCAGUGGGCUGUUCCAACCUCGCUUACCCCAAACUGGUAGUGGAGCUCAUGCCUUCAGGUCUGCGCGGCCUCAUGUUAGCAGUGAUGCUGGCGGCCCUCAUGUCAUCCCUCACCUCCAUCUUUAACAGCAGCUCCACCCUGUUCACCCUGGACCUGUACCAGAGGCUCCGCCCUGCCGCCAGCGAGAGGGAGCUCAUGGUGGUGGGCAGGCUCUUCAUCCUCUUCCUUGUCUGCAUCAGUCUGCUGUGGAUUCCAGUCAUUCAAACAGCUAACAGUGGACAACUCUUUGAUUACAUCCAAUCAGUGACCAGUUUUUUAGCCCCGCCUAUUACAGCUGUUUUCCUACUGGCUAUUUUCUGGUCACGGACCAAUGAGCAGGGGGCGUUCUGGGGACUGAUGGGCGGACUUAUCGUCGGUGGUAUACGGAUGGCCCUGGAGUUCUCAUACUCUGCUCCGUCAUGUGGGCAGCCUGACCUAAGACCCUCUGUCCUGGCACAGGUGCAUUACCUGUACUUCAGCAUGCUUCUGUUCGCUCUGAGCACGCUCCUCAUCUGCGCUGUCAGCCUGGCCACAGAGCCCAUCCCUCCUCACAGUCUGCACCGGUUGACCUGGUGGUCUAGACACAGUCAGGAGCCCCGCGUGGAGCUUCCAGGUGUGACCUCUGGGUCAGAGAGUCCCCAGGCCUCCAGUUCAGAUUCCCAGGCCCCCAGGGGCUGGUGCUACAGGGCCCUCCUGUGGAUGUGUGGUCUGACUGGGCAAAGCAGCUCUUCUGUGGACCCUGACUGCAGCCCCUUGGUGUCCCUGCAGGAGGAGCCAUUGUGGAGACAUGUGUGUAACAUCAAUGCUCUGUUGCUACUCACAGUCAACAUCUUCUUGUGGGGGUACUUCGCCUGA